AUGAUCGAUCUUGCCCUCAUACUGGCUAUCAAGCUAGCGCUCUACCUCUCGGCUCGAGCCGCACUCCCCUUCCUCUUCGGUCAAGCACGGCAUGCCUCGCUCGAUGUCAGUGCAAAAGUCUCUACAUCCCUGCCGCAGCCUGUAACCGCAACUUGCUCUUCGAGUAUUGCUGCAUUUCAAUCCAACUCGAUACACGAUGAUGGCGACGACGGCGGCAGCGGCGAUCACUUCGGCCGCAAUGCAGCCGACAGGUCUCCGUUCUUGACGAUCAACAGGGGAUCAGCGCUGCCGUCUUGGACUCAGUUGAAAGCUUCCAUGCUUACUCCCGUGCGCGUCCGCAACUCUCAGGGUAGCUUGGACCUUGCCAGUGUGUCAGCGCUCCUCUUCUCGUUGGCGUUUGCCGAGUCCGCUUCUCUCUUCGUCGCGGUCUUGCUCGAGACCGCCGGCUUUGCAGCCGGCAAUGCGACCAUGUUACGAAAAGUAUGGCGCUUCGAUUUGGCUGCUGUUCAGGCUCUUGCUAUAGUUUUCAUUCCGCUUGCAGUCUGCUUGCUCUUGACAUAUCGCAGCAACGCUUCCACGCCUCUGCCUCGUCGUAUUGUGUAUCUUCUUGUUCCCUUUCUGCCCUGGCUCGUGCUCUUCUUCAACGUGCCUCUUCCCGCUGCCCUUCUGGAUAAGCGCACCGGCGCAGGCAUCCUUGACGCUCUCAUGGCAAGGACAGCUGUAAUCGGUGUCACGAUCAUCGCCAUCCUUUCUGGCUCUGCAGCGCUUCAGUCCGCAUGGGAGGCCGCUGAGCAUGUCCGAGGAACGCAGCAACGUCCACCCUCGCACAGCGACAUUCGUUUCGCACAAGAAUCGUUUCAGAAAACGUGCUCUGACCUGGCAUCAAGAAAGGCGGAUCUGGCACGCCUUGAAAGCGAAACGCCUGAUCGCAGCUCAUCUGGCUGGAAUGUCUCGAAACUUUGGGGCGGUGACAGUCGGUCCAAAGACAUCAAGUCGCUCAAGUCCGAGAUUUUUGGUCUCUCCUCGGUCGCAGCCGCUAUGCGCGACGAUCUGGAUCGCAUGACUGGAUUGCAGAACAAGGAACGCCUAAAUGCCACCGUGGUCGGCAAGCUCUGGAUCCUUGUUGGCUGGGUGUGGGCGGCGUACUGUGCGUUUCGCAUUGCGCUAUCGAUACUCAAUCUGCUCGUCCUUGGUUACAAGGACACGGCUCCGCCCGACUUCAUCUCGCUCUCGGUAGCCUAUCUGAUUCGCAUCUUCGAUGUCAAUCUCGACGUCGCUGCGUGGACAAAGCAAGUCUCGCUUCUCUUUGUUGGUGUGCUCAUCUGGGGCCGCAUCGGCAGCGUGCUUGGCUAUCUUGGCUCAGCAUUCCGUGCAGCUGGCACCGGCGUUUCCAGCUCCUUCCUCGUGCUCUUCCUCGCCGAGAUCAUGACCAUCUAUCUACUCGCCACUUUGAUCCAGCUGCGAUCGUCCCUGCCGGUUUCCGUCUCGACGCCGCUCUCUACGAGCGCUCUACCAGAUCAUGACGCGUCUCGUCCUCUGCUCGCUACCCUGCCUAGCUUUCAAGUAGUCUUUGGCAGUCUCUUCGACACCGCCUUUCUUGUCGCUGCUGCGCUCACCGCAGCUUGGAAAUACCUCAUGUAUAUGCAGCGCACCUCUUCCGGCGAUGGAGGCGUGCUCUUUGGUGGAGCCACCCAUUGA